UGAUAAUUAUUGGUACAAAUUCAUUUCAUUUCUAUCAUUUUCAAUAUUUAGUUGUAUUGUCCUAUUUCUUUGAUCCUUCCUUCCGCCUUUUGUUGAUUCUUUCUUCCCACCGGUCCACCCGCACUACCACCACGAAAAAUCUUCAUAUAUAUUCCCAAUCAUCAUCCUUUAUUUUUCAUCUUUCCUUUUCUUGUGCUUUUUCAGGUAUCCUUUUGAAAAUCUUGGAAUUAUAAGCCUUAUUUACGCUAAGAUCUUUGAAUUUUGUUGUGUUAAUCGAAGAAAUCGAGAAAACAAUGGCGGAAGAGCAUCGAUUCCAGGCUCCUGAAAGCCAUCGUCUGUGUUCGAAUAAUUGCGGGUUUUUUGGCAGUCUUGCUUCGGAAAAUUUAUGUUCCAAAUGUUACAGGGACCUGUUUUUGAAGGAGAACCAUAAAAAAUCUGGCGAUUCUCCUUUAAUUUCCACGUCUUUGACGGCGGAGGCUGCUCCGAGGUCGCCACCGUCCACGUUGACGCACCCGUGUUCCUCGACGGUGUAUAGGGAGUGUCCGGAGGUGGAAUCGGUGGUGCAGCCCAACCGAUGCUUCACUUGCAAGAAGAAGGUGGGAUUGACGGGUUUUAAGUGUAGGUGUGGAAUCACUUUCUGUGGGACCCACAGGUACCCGGAACAGCAUGGGUGCAACUUUGAUUUCAAGGCCAUGGGAAGGGAAGCCAUAGCCAAGGCCAAUCCUUUGGUCAAAGCUGAGAAGUUGGUGAAGAUAUGACCGUAGCCGUCCGAUUUAAUGACUUUUCUUGUUGAUGGAUGGUGCAGAUCGUUCAAGGAAGAUGAUGAGUAGAUAAUCAUGGGGUGCUUUGUUGGGGGAACGUGUGAAGUUCAUAUGCAUAAUUUCUCUAAUUUUUUUCUUAAAUCUUAUAAGUUAUGCUGUCUUGGUUUGCUUGUAGAAAUUUGUUGACAAUUAAAAAAAGGAGCUUGCUAGGCGUACAUAAUGAGAGCCAUAAAAUGGACACCCGAUGUCACCCCUCUCCAAUAAGGGAUUGCGGGGGUGCUGUUGGAUGUCCCUUAUGGCUCCCAUUAUGUACGAAGAGAAUUAUCCUUAAAAAAUUGGUUUUGAGCUAUGGCGCAUAUAGGUCAAAAAAUGUGCAUUCCUUUU